UAGAGGAAUAACCUGGCUUAUGAGGCGCUCCGCUUUGCCAACACAACCCAAAACCAAAAAAAAAAUGUUAUGCCGUCUCUGUGUAAAGGAAUCUCUUUGCUUUCUGAAUAUUUUUGAUUCGGAUGGCAAAAAGUUGGACAUCGCUCAUAUACUAGAACGCCAUUUUUGGUUUAAGCCCCGUCCUGAUGAUCGAAUUUCCCCAGCUAUAUGUACAAUUUGCUGGUCGAAAGUAUACAACUUCCACCAAUUCUAUGUAGAGAUAGAAGAGGCUCAUUCUAAACUUAGUGCUAGUAAUGUGGAAAAGGAGUUUGUCCGGGAAUACGUUGGCAAUGAGUUUAUCGAAAAUGACCUUGUCAAAGAAGAGUUUUCUAUUACGCCCAGCUCUACAAUUGAGCCACAAAAGGAAUUUGCGGAUCCUGAGUUUAUCGAAAUCGAAUACAAUGCUGAAGAGUUUUCAGAAGCGCCUUGCUCCGGAAUAAGGAAACGAAAGGAAUCCGUUGAACUUGAGCUUAUCAAAAGCGACGUUAACGCAAAAGAGCUUUCCGGAGAUCUAUGCUUGAGUAUCAGUAUAAAAAAUGAACAAAAUAGUUCAUUUACCGAACUAAUUGCUGAUCUAGAUGACAGUGACUAUUUAAAUGAAGAAUACGAUAAAUUAAGUAACGAUGUGGAACAUUUAAAUCGUUCAGGAGAUGCACAGGACCCUGCUCUAUUAACAAACACAUCUGUUAAAAAUCGAAAGAGACGUACAACGACAAAGAAAAAACUUCCUAGUUCGGGACGAAAACCUUUAAAAGGCUCAUAUAAAGAAAUAAGUAAGACAUUUACAGAUGCAUCUUUAACAAUUUGCGAUGCCCAGGAUCCUGCGCUUCUGACAGAAAAGCCUACGGAACCUAUUACAGACGCAUCUUUAUCGUUUUGUAAUGCACAGAACUCUGCCCUAUUAACAAACAAGUCUACAGAACCUGUCAAAAAUCGAAAGAGACUUACAACGACAAAGAAAAACCAUCCUAUUUUGAGAAAAAAACGGAUAAAAGCUUCGUGCCAAGGAAAAAAAACAUACACAGACGUAUCCUUAUCGACUUGUGAUGCCCAGGAACCUGAACUUUUAACAGAGAAGUCUACGGAACCUAUUAUAGAUGCAUCUUUAUUGAAUUAUGAUGCCAAAGAGCAUUCCGAAAAUACUACAAAAUCUGCUAAAAAUCAAAAGAAACUUACAGUGUCGGAAAAAAAAAUUGCUGAGUUGAGACAAAAACGUGGUGUAAAAACUACAUGCAAAGAUGAUGAAUUGGUAAAGAAAUACAUUCCUAUGAGAUGUAACGAGUGUAUUUUCGAUUGCGACGACUUCUCCUUGCUGAGAAACCACUUUCGAUUAGCUCAUCCAAAUACAAAACCCUAUGUGAAAUGCUGUAACAGAAAAUGGCUUCACUGGAUGUCAAUUGUACACCAUGCCUACAAGCACGACGAUCCUGAGCUUCUUAAGUGCCAAGAAUGCCAGAAAGAUUUUAAUGAUUUAGGGACCCUAUCGCGGCACAUGCUUGACCAUCAUGCACCAGAGAAAGACCAAAUUUUUAUCUGCGACGUAUGCCCUAAAAAGUUUGCACGGAAAGUAAGGCUGGAUCUUCAUCGUAGCACGCAUGUACCAAUGAACGAGCGAACGUUCAUAUGCGACCAAUGUCCCAAUAGUCGCUUUGGCUGUAAGACGAUGUUGCUAAUUCACAAUAAAAAGGUCCAUCACCACACAUCCUUCGUAUGUCAUGUUUGUGCCAAAAAAAUAAAAACCAAGGCGUUUUUUGAAAAGCAUGUGCGCUUGCAUUUUGAAGAAAGUGGACCGAAAGUCAAGUGCACAGUAGAUGGUUGUGAUCACUGGCUUAAAGACGAGGAUUGUUUACGCCUGCAUCUCCGAAGGUUUCACUCCAAAAAUAAAGAUAAAUUAUUUACAUGCGAAGUAUGCGGAGGAGAGUAUAAAAGUAGGGCCUCUAUUACCAACCACAUGCUGCGCGUUCAUCCCAAAACGACAUAUCCUUGCAAAAUAUGCAAUAAAACUUUCAAGAGACCGCGCAAUUUAAACGAUCACAUGGCUCAGCAUACUGGUGAAAGUAACUAUACGUGCCUGUUUUGUACGUCCACUUUCAAUACACACGGAAAUUAUUACACACAUUUAAAGAAAUCUCACCCCGUUGAAUAUGAAAAUUUUCUAAAAAACAAAAAAUCGUGCAUUUUACAAAUCUGUGCUAUGUUGUGUCGUCUUUGUGUAAAAGAAUCUCUUUGCUUUCUGAAUAUCUUUGAUUCGGAUGGUAUAAAAAUGGAAAUCGCUGAUAUACUCGGGCGUCACUUUUGGUUUAAGCCCCUAGUUGAUGAUGGAAUGUCCCCAGCUAUUUGCACAAUGUGCUGGGCAAAAGUAUAUAACUUCCACCAAUUCUAUGUGACGAUAGAACAGGCGCAUUCUAUGCUUAGCGCUAGUAAUGUGGAGAAAGCGUUUGUCCUUGAAUACGUAGGCAAUGAGUUUGUCGACAAUGACGUUGUCGGGGAAGAACUUUCCGUUACCCUUUGCUCCACGAUUGAGGAAGAAAAAGAAUUCGUGGACCCUGAUUUUAUCGAAAUCGACGACAGUGCCAAAAAGUUGGCAGAAACACCUUGCCCCAGAAUAGGGAAUCGAAAUGAAUCCAUGGAUCAGGAGUUUAUCAAAAUCGACGUUAAUGCUAAAGAGUUACCCGAAGAUCCUUGCCCAAAUACCUCAAUACAAAAGGAGCAGAAUAAUUUAUUUACAAAACUAGUUCCUGGAAUAGACAUCCGUGGCGGCUUAAAUGAAACAUGCGACAAAUUAAACAACGAAGACCUUGAAUAUUUAGAUAAUUCAGCAGAUGAUUCUUGCUCAGGUUGUGGUGCACCGGAGACUGCUCCAUUAAUAAAAAAGUCUUUAAAGGCUGGUAAAAAUCGUAAAACAGUUACAACUACAGAGAAAAAAAUGCCUAAAUUGAGAAAAACCCGGAUUGUGAAUACUGAAUGCAAAGAAAGAAAUAAAAUAUCUUCAGAUCGAUGUAAUGCACAGGAUCCUCCAUUAACGACAAAUUUCAUGGAACCUGUUAAAAAGCGAAAGCGUAUUACAACGUCAAAAAAAGGGCUUCCGCAGUUGAGAGAAAAACGUGGUUUGAAUGAAAUAUUUGCAGAUUUUUCGAAUCAUGAAACUCUGGACACUGCACUGGAUAAUUCUACAGAAUCAUUUAAUGAUUCAUCUUUAUCUGAUUGUGAUCCACUGGAGCCUGAACUCCAGAAGUUUGCAAUACCGAAGUCUACAGAAUCUGUUAAAGACGCAUCUUUAUCGAAUGAUGAUACACACGAACUUGCCGUAAAGUCUAAAAUAUCUGCUAAAAAUCGAAAGAAACUGGCAUCAACCGAGGAAAAACUUGCUAUAUUAAGAGAAAAACGUGGUAUUAAAGCCAUGUGCAAUGAUGAUGAGCUGGUAAAAAAAUACAUUCCUAUGAGAUGUGACGUUUGUAUUUUCUAUUGCGACGAGUUCGAAACUCUUAAAAACCACUAUCGGUUAGAUCAUCCAAAUAUAAAACCAUAUGUGAAAUGCUGUAAUAGAAAAUGGUAUUCCUGGUUGUCUAUUGUACAUCACACCUAUAGACAUGACGAUCCUGAGUUUUUUAAAUGCCAAGAAUGCCAAAGAAUUUGCACUGAUCAAGGAACUCUAUCGCUGCACAUGCUGGACUUCCAUGCACCAGAGGAAGAUAAAAUCUUUAACUGUGAUCUAUGUCCUAAAAAGUUUGCACGGAAAAAGAGGCUGGAAAUUCAUCGUAAUUUACAUAUACCUAUGAACGAGCGCACAUUUAUAUGUGAUCAGUGUCCAACUAGUCGGUUUUCUUCUGAUGCCUUGUUGCGAGUUCACAUUAGAAAUACCCAUCGCCGCGCAUCUCUUGUUUGUCAUGUUUGUGCAAAGAAAAUAAAAACCAAAGGUUUGUUUGAAAAACAUGUGCGCUUACAUUUUGAAGAAAGUGGCCCGAGGGUUAAGUGCACAUUUGAAGGUUGUGAUAGCUGGCUAAAGGACGAGGAUAAUUUACGUUUACAUAUUCGAAGGUUUCACAACAAAAAUAUAGAGAAAAAAUUUACAUGCGAUAUAUGUGGAGGAGAGUAUAAAAGUAGGGCAUCCUUUACCGAUCACAUGCGGCGCGUUCAUCCCAAAAAGACAUUUCCUUGUGAAAUAUGCAAUAAAAGUUUCAAGACUGGGUUGAAUCUAAGGGAACACAUGGCCCAGCAUACUGGUGAAAAAAACUACCAAUGCCGGUUUUGUACGUCUACUUUCAAUGUAACCGGAAAUUAUUAUUCACAUCUAAAGAGACAUCAUUCUGUCGAAUAUGAAAAUUGGCGAAAAGAUAAUCUUACAGCAAACAUUAGAAAGUUAAGCGAAAUAUAAAUUUGCUGAAGCAUUGCUUAUUUCAUAGAAAGCAGUUCUGAAGUGGUCGGUAUUUUAUUUUAAGAGGACUAAAGGUGCGGUUAAACGUGGCAAUGCAAGCGCUUUUUCAACGCAUUUUACUGUCAAAAUGCGAAAUCGAAAGUCUACUUUCCCGUGGAAAAUUCUUUUUGUAGAUUUGCAGAAAUCACUUUCGGAUAUAAAAACUGCAAGGUCUAACUGCAACUGAAAUUAUGCAAAUCCCUUCCGAGAAAUAAUUUCUACUUGCCUGUGCUGCACCAGCAAUUUUAGUUUUUGCCGCAAGUGCUGUCAAACCAAUCAAGUGUUGCCGUGCGACGCGUUUUUUGGCGAAUUUGUAUAAAAUUAUAAAAAUGUCGAAUAAA